GAUGUUAUUGAUGCUGUAUUGCUGUGGCCUGUGAGUUUAAGCCCCACAGACGAAAUAUCACUUGGGAUGCCUGUGUUACACUUUGGUUGUCGCUUCAUCUCAAAUAAUAAUACAUCAACGACAACCCUUUUAAAUGACACUCUCACAUGACAACAUACCGUAAUGUAUAGCCUACUGUCACCAGGAUUUUCUUUAAACACUUCAUCUAACUCUUGUUUCUGAGAGGAUAAGAAACUGGGUCACAAAGACAAAGUUGAUUUAUUUAACUGGGGUGCAUGUGAAAGGUGAAUUAGAUGUUGAAAAUGAGGUUAGAGGGUUAGAAUGCAUUCCUAUAAUGCGCGCUGAUAGGAUGAUCACCAUAUUGUAGACAACUAAUAAAGCGUCUGAUUGGACGAUGGAUGGGGGAGGGGAGAGGUGUUCGGCGGCAUGCCCUCGGAGUUCAGAACUUGUUCAUCUCAUAAAGGUUGAACAAUUCCCCCCAUCAGGCCCCACUAAUUUAAGGGAUCAGUGCUUACAAAAGCAGAACAUAAAAUUACUUUGCGUCUUGCAGCAUUACUAUUCUUUUGAACGGUCUGAAGCCGUUGUUUGAUCAAAGAGUAGAACUGACGAAUGCUGUUACUUCUCAUCCUUCUGAUACUGGUCAACCCCCCAUCUGCAAAAUGUAGGCCUAAUGUAAAUUAAAGAUAAAAAAGGGUGAAGGAAUGUCUACAUCCAGCUAGCUCUGUCUGUCAUUUCUUCUUAUCAAAGCAUGUGGUAUCUUUUCUGUCAGCAUCAGCACCGUGUGCUUAUCCUGCUCCCCGGUAUGACAGCCUAUUCAUCCAUAGCACAUAGGCUACAUUUGUUGGCAAUAAUUGACACAUUAUUAUUGACACAUUUGAUACAUAGGCUAUGUGUUGUGUGCCCAUGUCAUGCAGCUGUCCUAUAGUGCGUAAGGCGCAGAUACAAUUAUUCUUAGGUCUUUGGAAUUGCAACGGCAGUUACAGGCGACGCACUGAUAGGCUAUGGCUGUUAUUUUGCGAGUGAAAUUGAGAUACUGUUUGUUUGUGGUUCACUAACACGGCUACCAUGCAGAGUUCAAGAUGCAAAAUAUUUUAAUUUCUCAACAGAAAAGCAAUGAAAUGGUGUAAAGAAAGCCCUCCGUCGUGCGUCAUGCGGUGCGGUUUUUUUUCCCAAUAGAUCUGACAGGCAAUAAUCUCUGCUAUGGCCUAGUGCGGUGAUAAAAUUAAUUGACAAGUGUCAACAUUUCAUUAUGUGAAUCCGAAUUUAGAUACUUUUGUAUUUUAUUAUUUCCUUAAAUACCGUUUUUAAACAUGAUUAAAAAUCCAACGGUUCAUAUUUUAACAGAAAUGCGCAAACAUAAUGGCAGAAUCUCAAUGUGGAUGAUUUUACAUAAAACAAGUCUAAAUGUAGCCUAUUCUACUUUGUGAACAUAACCAACAUAACUGGAUAAGGCAAAACACAUAACUGCAUUAUGUUAUUUCAGGAGAUGAUGCAUCCUUACAGGUUCCGCAAAUUCAUUUGGUGUUAAAAGUGGAUGGUGAAAGCAGUCUUUUAUGAGCGGCGAAGUCUUUCUUGGUGUCGGUGAAGUUCGGCGUUUUGUAUUCCUCUAAAUCCAGCGGAGUGUUCUUAUUGGUAGGUGGAAAUGUUACAUCACAAUCAUUAUGACGCGCCGUCUUCCUGCUUCCUUCAGUCGCGUCUUAAAGUGAAUCUUGUUAGUGCGAGAGCGCUCCAGCCUCGUCCUGUCCGCAUCGCAGAGAAACACAGUUUCCAUCUGGAGAGGAGAGUGGCGCAAAAGAGCUCUCUCGCUCACUCACUCACUCUCGUCGCUCGUGCUCGCCCUGAGAAAUUACAAUAUUCAUCACCAGGCGAACAACCCCGCUGUAUUCUCUCUUUCACUAUAGCAAAGAAGCCCAAUUUCCUCUCGUCUGCAGAUCAGAGUCCCGGGAUUCUCCAGUAGUGCCCAGCUGACUGGCUUUUGAAGAUGGCACAAUAACUGUUCCAGUGAUGCCUGACCAUGACAACACAGCCCUCCUAAACAGACAAACCAAGAGACGAAGAGUUGACAUUGGGGUGAAAAGGACUGUAGGGACAGCAGCAUCUGCGGCUUUCGCCCGGGCAAAAGCGACCAUAUUCAGUGCCAUGAAUCCACACAGUUCAGAGCAGGAUGUCGAGUGCUCUGUGGUGACACACAGUGACGGCGAGAAGUCCAACGUGCUCCGCAAGCUGCUGAAGAGGGCCAACUCGUACGAGGACGCCAUGAUGCCCUUCCCGGGCGCCACCAUCAUCUCGCAGCUGCUGAAGAACAACAUCAACAAGAACGGCGGCAGCGAGAACAGCAACUUCCAGGGCAGCGGCGGCCUCUCCAGCACGGGCUCCGAGGCCCACCAGGAGGACGCCUGCAGCAACUCCUCGCGCGAGAGCCCCCAGGAGUGCCUGUCGCCGUUCGGCAGGCCCACCAUGACGCAGUUCGACAUCGAGAGGCUCACUGACGAGCACCUGCGUGCCAAGCGCGCCCGCGUGGAGAACAUCAUCCGAGGCAUGAGCCACUCGCCCAGCGUGACGCUGCGCGGGACUGGCGAGGGCGAACGGGAACGGGAGCGGGAACGGGAUCGCGAGCGUGAGCGGGAUGCGGAGCAGCAGCGUGGCGGCGGCCGUGACCGCGAGCGGGAGAGAGAGCGAGAGCGCGACCUGCGCGAGGGUCCUCCGCCCAGCCCACGCGAGAGCUACAGGGAGAACAAGCGCAAGCAGAAGCUGCCCCAGCAGCAGCAGCAGAGCUUCCAGCAGCUGGUGUCGGCACGCAAAGAGCAGAAGCACGAAGAGCGGCGGCAGCUGAAGCUGCAGCUGGAGGACAUGCAGAAGCAACUCCGGCAGCUGCAGGAGAAGUUCUACCAGAUCUACGACAGCACCGACUCGGAAAAUGACGACAACGACGGCAACUUGUCAGAGGAUAGCAUGCGCUCCAACGGCGGCCUGGAGAACCGCGGCGGCAGGCACGAUGACAGGCAGGACCGGUCCGACAACGAGAUGUCCGACCUGGACCCGGGGCACUUUCUGGACCGGGCCCGGGCACUGAUCCGCGAGCAGACCAUGAUCGCGGAAGGAGGCGACAAGCAGAAAGGAGACAGCCCCCGGGGCGGCAAGGGCCCUCAGUCCAUGCACGCCGAGGGCAAGCACCUGGCGGAGACCCUGAAGCAGGAGCUGAACACGGCCAUGUCUCAGGUGGUGGACACGGUGGUCAAGGUGUUUGCCAAGCCACCCCGCCCCGUGGUGCCCCAGGUGUUCCCGCCCCUGCAGAUGCCCCCGGACCGCUUCGGCGUCGGCGUCGGCGUCAACGGGGACAACCCCAACUUCCACACGGCCAAUGAGCGCCUGCAGUGCUUCGGUGACGUCAUCAUUCCCAACCCGCUCGACACGUUCGCCGGGAUGCCCGUGCCGGGGGGCCCCAAUGACCAGACGGAGGCGCUGCCCCUGGUGGUCCGGAAGAACUCCUCGGACCAGUCGGCCGCUCUACCCCCGCCCGGGUCUCACCACCACCACCCCGCGCUGCACCCGUCGCCUCUCGCGGCCACCAUGGGCUUCAGCCCCCCCUCAUUCCGGCACCCGUUCCCUCUGCCCCUCAUGGGCUACCCUUUCCAGAGCCCCCUGGGGCCCCCCGGGGGCUACCCGGGCAAAGACAGGUCCUCUCCAGAGUCCCUCGACCUCUCCAGGGAGACCACCAGCCUACGGACCAAGAUGUCGUCGAACCAUCACUUGAACCACCACCGCUCCAUGUCGCCCACGCACCCAGGAAGCACCGAGGGGCUGUCCCUGUCGCUCAUCAAGUCCGAGUGUGGAGACCUCCAGGACAUGUCCGACAUCUCGCCAUACUCAGGAAGCGCAAUCCAGGAGGGCUUGUCCCCCAACCACCUGAAGAAGGCCAAGCUCAUGUUCUUCUACACGCGCUACCCCAGCUCCAACAUGCUCAAGAUGUUCUUCUCAGACGUCAAGUUUAACAGGUGCAUCACCUCACAGCUGAUCAAGUGGUUCAGCAACUUCCGGGAGUUCUACUACAUCCAGAUGGAGAAGUUUGCCCGGCAGUCCAUCAACGACGGGGUGACCGGCACCGACGAGCUGGGCGUCAGCCGCGACUGCGAGCUCUUCCGCGCCCUCAACAUGCACUACAACAAGGCCAAUGACUUUGAGGUUCCGGAGAGGUUCCUGGAAGUGGCGCAGAUCACGUUACGGGAGUUUUUCAAUGCCAUCGUGGCAGGCAAAGACGCCGAUCCUUCCUGGAAGAAGGCCAUUUACAAGGUCAUCUGCAAGCUGGACAGUGAGGUCCCGGAGAUUUUCAAAUCACCCAACUGUCUACAGGAGCUCCUGCAUGAGUAAUGACAACAAAAAAACAACAACAUCCUUCUUUUUUUUUCUUCCCCCACCUUGCUGUUUAUUUACACCACAUGCUAUACUGACACUCACACCAACACCGACACCAUCCUGACAUCUCUUCACGAUUCCCUUCUCGCCUCCCCUGUCUUGUUAUAUGAAGUACGAAGUAGCACCACUAUUUUGAAGAGAAAAAAACCCUGGCAACUAUCUUUGGACUAUUUAGUCGUAUCACCCUGCAUAUAUUUCUUCUUCCUUUCUUUUUUCUUUCUUUCACUGUGCUUUAUCUCAUUUAAAAAAAAAAACUCUGGUUGUUAUUUUUUUUUCUUCUUCUUUUGACUGUUUAUUCCCGAUUCCUUUCCAUCUCAUGUUUCCAGUGAUGCUUUUUUAAGUUUGGGGGCGUUCAUUUCCAUAGUCCGGUGGCUCAUUUGAACUGGAACUUCCUAAAACGUUCAGCCUUACAAAGACCCUUGGGCCUCCUCGCAGGCCAACCAAGAAAGGCACUGGAUUCACCUGUGGGACAUUU